CGUUUAUUCGGGAACAAGAUAUGAGAAAUGGCUGGCGAAGCAGAGAUGACCAACUUUGCGAACGAUACAGAUCGUCUUAUUCAGCAUAGUGAGGAACACAGCUGGGAACAACAGGUUAGGACCAACGGUAGCCAUCAGACUUAUCGAAUCGAAAGUUAAUUCGCGUACGCUCCUUUUAAGCUUUUCCUUUUAAUUCAACCACUGUAUUUAAACAGGGGCACCCAACGAGGAUGUAGUUCAAAACUACUUAACAUAGCAUUGUUGAACGUAUUUUAGUAUUCAAACGGUAGAUAUAGGCAUAUUGUUAUCCCCUAAAAACUUUUCCUCUGUUCGGAUUUCCUAGCUGAAAGUCUAGUGAUCCGAAAAUUAUAGGGAUAAAAACUUACCUUCUCGAAAAUUUCAGCCAGGAAAACGCUCCCGAAAAUUCUAGGUGGCCUUUUUUAGGGUCAAAAUACGUUAGAAAUGGGUAAUUAUACCAUUUUGUAUAUGUUCGAAAAUCCUAGGAGAGGCAGGCAAGCAAUAAAUUUUACAACAAAUGCUCCGAAAAUUCUAGAUCUCAAAUCGUCUUCCGAACAGAUAUUUUCCCGAAAAUUGCCGUUGGGUGCCCCUGUUUAAACAAAUUGUCUACUAUUUUUGUAACUUGAUCCUAAUCGGCACGGUUAGAUUCGUUUUCAUUUAGGGUUGACAUAAAUUAUACGUAAAUGAGCUUAAAUUAGCUAAACACAUAGCCACAACAUCAUUUUCAUAGUGAUUUGCCUCCAGUGAAUACUGAAUGACUCAGGAAACCAGGAAAAGGGAAUUUUGGUAGUUAUUUAUGCAGUUAUUUGCCUGCACAGGUAACCCAGGCUCUGUGAUAGUACCAGAGUACGGUUCUAGUAAAAUUACAUUGUUUGUAUGGGGUAAAAAUACGAUCCUAAAAUUCGUAGGAAAUACUAAAUAUAAGUCAAUGAAACUUACCCUGGAGUCAAUUGUUGUUGUCCUUGUUGCUCCAACGAAGUUUUGUGAUAAUUUGUUCAAAUUCACUCUAUAUACAAUUAUAAUAUACAAGGUAGGACACAAGAGAUGCCAUCUUCAGCGCCAUGCUCUCAUUCAACACAACUUUUUUCACGAAAUUUGAACUCCAACAGAAAAUAAACAUGCCAGGAUCGUAGUAAUAGGAUAACAGCAGAUAUAGAAACCAAUGAAGCUUUCCCAGACAGAAAAACGAAUCCCGCAUACUUUGACAAACUUGAAGGAUGUAAUCCAAAAGGCCGAGAAUAUGCUCACCGAAGUAGCUGGGCCAGAUCAACGCUUGGCCAAGAAAAUGAGGCCUGGGCACUGAACAAAAAAAAUCCAUCCCGGUUGUCCUUGGUUGACCUUUCUAGGGACCGAUACAUAGCUUUACCAAAGUUAGCCACCCUUUUUUCUGUAAAGUAAAUUUAUUUCAAAUUUUGCAUUCAUAUAUACACCCUGUAAUGUUUAAUAACUUUUCAGCACUUCUAACUGACAAAGGACAGGUGUAAGAUGUAUUAUGUAGCUAAAAAAAUAUCUAAACAUCGUUGAAUGUGAUUUUCAAUGGUCGUUGUGCCAUUUUCAAAAUGCAGUUGAACCUCCUGUAAGUGACUACCCAAAAUGCAAAGACCUACAUGUAGUGGUAGCUCACGCAAGACUGUCCUUUACAAAAAUUAAACCACAUGUCAUGAGGUCUCUUGUUAGGCUGCAAAUACAGCUGUUGCUCUUCCCUCCAUGCCACUAAGGAUGUUUUACGGGAGAGAUGUGUGCACCUCAAGGACAGUAAUGCCAUACUGAUGACUCAUACAUUGGCUCAUUUCUCAAGCGCAUUGUUGAAAGAGCAAAUGAUUACCUCUGUCAAAAACGUUAACAAUGCUGGUCAGAUCAAUGCAACACUGAUAGAUUUUAGCAAAAUUUGCCCAAAAAAUUCCAAGGCAAGGGGCUGAUUUUUACUGAUUGUUUCUCGGCGAAGUUUGCCCCGAAAUUUCCUGCAAGAUCGGCCGAUUUUUCUGCCAAUUUGCCGCGAAAAUCCCGUAAAAUUUGACUUUUUUCUGUGACUUACCAGAUGCCCUGUAUAAAUGCCAUGGGCGGAUUUAAGGGCUAGGGUCAGCCAACUGGACUGGGCCACUCCUUUUUCUGUGAAAUUUAGUAGUAUUUCUAAAGAAUUCUCAGUAAAAUAAAUAAAAUAAAAAAAGAAAUAAUAAUGAUUUAUAUGGUGCUAUUCAGCGACUCUUUCAUAGCGCUUUACAAUGAUUAUGUUAGUGUAGAACCUAAAAGCUAAAAAGUGUAAUAAAAUACCAAGAUAAGUUAGUUACAAAACUUAAAAAUAUAUAUACGUUUUACAAGAAAUGAAAGUUAAAAAUCUAAAAUCUAAAAAUACUAAGAUAAAGUUACAAAUAAUGAAAGAAAUAAAAAAUGUGUGUUAAAAAUAGAUGUUAAAAAUCAUAGGCUUCUUUAAAUAGAUAAGUCUAGACUCCUUAAAUGUCUUUUAAAAAUAUCAAUUGAUGGAGAUUUACGAAUGCUAAGAGGCAAGUUAUUUCACUGCCUUGGCGCAGCAAUGCUGAACGCCCGAUGUCCAUAAGUCUUUAGUUGAGCCAGUGGCACAGUAAGCAGUUCUUUUCCCAGUGGAGCAUAAAGACCAAGAGUACCUACGAUGGCUCAGGAGACUAGAAAUAUAAGAAGGUGCUUUGGCAUUGAGUGCUUUAUAGACUAAUAUCAGGAGCUUAAAAAUAAUACGUGAAUGUAUGGGGAGCCAGUGUAGCUUGAACAUUAUUGGGGUAAUCAAAUCAUAUUUCCAUGUUAAUGUGUCAGUGCGAGCUGCUGUAUUCUGAACAAGCUGUAAUCUACAAACUAAGUAUUUUGGAAUACCAUAAAGAAGUGAGUUACAGUAGUCAAGCUUAGAACUAAUAAAAGCAUGGAUGAGAAUUUGAGCAGAGUCCUGGGUGAGAUUUUUGCAAAUCUUUGAUGUAUUCCUGAGAUGAUAAUUUGCCUCACUACAUAUCUUUUUUACAUGUUGUUCCAUGCAAAAACAAUUGUCCAUGAUGACUCCUAAGUUACGUACAGACAACUUAGGAGCAAUGAACUCAUCUCCAAGCCAAAAAUAGAUAAAUAGUAUCUAUAUAUGGUUGGCAAGAAUCCAGCCAUCCCCAUCUUAAUUUUCUGGAUCCAUCCCUGAAUGGACUGAUACAUUGCUUGGCUUCUUGUUUACAGAUUUCACCAAUCAGCAGUGGUCAUCAUGUAACCAGAAAGCGCAAUAGAGCACGAGAGGUCCGUAUGAUCAUACUGGCUUGCAUGAUAUUUGCAACUGCUAUAACAACAGCUCUGAUCAUUGAUAUCUACACUGGAAGUCAUCACACAGGUAUCUAAAAACAAUGGCUAACCCUUUUAUUCUUAAGCCAAAAGUAAAGCUGAGUUAUCUUACUGCACAAUAUUACUUUAAAUGCGUGGUCAAGCUUUCAUGUAUGGUAUCAUGAAUUCAAGUUAAAUCUUAAAAGUGCCCAGUGCUUUCUUAAUGAUGUUGUUUUGAAAGUUUCCUUGUUUGAUUGGAGCAUUUUGAUGCCAUUUGUAUGGUCCAUAAGAGUAUAGGCAAUGGAAUUAUUUAUUGCUCUUUUUAACUAUCGUAUGCCAAAUCUUGGGUUUUUAUUGUUUUGUUUUUUUUUUUUAGGUUUUUAUUGGUUAGUGUUUAUGGUGUCUUUAAAGUUUAAGUGAGAUAUUAUUAGUCUUUUUUGAAUGAAGUGUUAUUUAUCCUCUGUUUUCUUAAAAAUUCAACUUUUUUUCCUCUUCCUUGUCACCAAAUUGCAAUAAAAUUAUUUGAGUGGCCAUUUUGACUACUUACUUAUCUGAUUUUUCACAAAAUUUCCUUAUUUUCUGGUGACCAAAUUUUCUUCUGUCUUGCAAUCAUUCUUUGAUUUUAAGUCAGCAAUCAGGUCUACCAUUUUAUUUUCUCUAUAGGUCAUGCAGCUGUUGUAUCAGAUGUAAAAGAAUGUGCUGAUGUUGGGUUGGACUUGAUCAAGAAAGGUGGCUCAGCAGUUGAUGCCGCUAUUGGGAGUAUGUUAUGUGUUGGUGUCAUGAACCCAGAGAGCUCAGGAUUGGGAGGGUAUGUUUUUGCCUUACUUUGAAACCUUCUGGACUUUUGGAUUCAUGAGAAUCAAUCAGAACAUAAAACUUGCGUGUUGCUGAUCUCUGGACUCAGGUCCCACUGUUUAAAUACACAAAAAAUCAUUGGGGGUUUCCAGGUCUUACAUGUAAAUGCAAUGACCAACAUGCACGACAUCCAUUAAAAAAGAUACAGACGCAUAUACUUGCUACUCACUCUUGCUGUUGCUUACUCACAAUGUCCAUCAAACUUGUGUUUAGCACGAUUUGAAUAUGCAAUGAAAGGUAGUGCUCAGUUAACUUUUCUAUGUACAAUGGAACUGCGUUAAUACGGUUGCCAAUGGGCCAAAACAUUUGGCUGUAUUAAUAAGUGUUUUUUUUACAAGAAAAUGUACGGCUGUUUUGUUGGACGGCCAAAAUAGUGGCCGUAAUGUGGGGUUUCACUGUAUAGUAUUUAAUCAUGAUAAACAAGUAUAUCAUACAUGAAAAUUUAGAAAAAAGAAAGUGGACCACAUUGCCAAUUAACUGAUGUAUGCACAUCCCUAACUAGCAUAAAUUAAUUGAGGGUUCUUGUCGUGUACAUAUCUGAGCAUUAUAAAAAGCCUGAUACUCAAAAAAAAAAAUCAUACUGUACACUGGCAAAAGUAAAAAAUCUUGGUCUAUAGGGUGAUGAAUGUGUGAACACAGGCUUCCCAACAUAAGCGUGCUAUCUGCAUGGUGAUGUCUGUGUUGUUUUUUAUUUGAAUACAUCCAGCGUGACCUUCUUAUUUGACUACCAUUAGAAUAUAAUGACAUCAAUUGAUGUGACACUGUGUAUACUCACAUAGUUUAAUUGUAUUUUCUGUCAGUGUGUAACUACAAUAUUGUCUAAAUAUUGUAACUGCAUUAAUUUAUCACUCGCAGUGGUGGUUUUAUGCUGAUUGUAGUUCCUGAACAAAACAGAGAAGUAGCAACAGUGGUUGAUUUCAGAGAGGUUGCACCAAUGGCUGCUUCUAAGAACAUGUUUCAUGGAAAUAAGUCACUUGCUAGUUGGGUAAGAAAAAAAUGGUGAAUGUUAUUGUUGCCAUCAACUAUAUUCACGAUUGCCUUUAAAAGAGCUUAGAACCAUAAUUAUUAUAAAGCCAAAGGUAACAAAACUACCGGUAAGCGUCUCUUUUAAAAGCAGGCACCACACACUGUACGCUCUGUAGGUUCAGCCAGUGCUCCUCCAUGAGUGUCUUGGGUUAGAAAAAGUUGUCAUCAUAAGUCAUUAGAGCUAUUUUUACUCCAAAACAAGGGAGGCUGUAUCAAUGAAAUUGAAAAAAUAUUUUGUUGUUGUAGUUGUAAAAAGAAGUACCAUUAAACCUACUUCAUGUGCUUCAUUCUUCUCUUGAUAUAAUUCUAGGGUGGCUUAGCAGUGGCUGUGCCUGGAGAAAUUAGAGGAUAUGAAGCAGCACACAAGAAGUAUGGCAAGUAAGUUGAGAAUCACUCUCAAAGCUGGUGUCACAAGAAGGCAACUUCUGGCAGUGCUAAAAGAGUGUCUGUUAGGCCAGGACUGCAAUACUGCACCAAUGUAUUGGUGGCAAGAUUUCUUACUAUGAUGAUAAUCAAUAUUUCCACGAGAUAUCGAGAUAUUUUGAUCAUGAUACAUCAACAAAUUUGCGAAAUCAUAGCUCAGUGCCUUUAAUGUACUUUUCUUGAAGCUGUAUGUCCUAUCCCCAAUAUUGAUUGCACAUUUUCUCAGAAACAUGUAGCAUCAUUGAUAACGUUUUGCUGAUUGAUGAUUAUGAUUAAUUUUAUGCUCAGUAGUAAAUUAUUAAUUAAAGGUGUAAUAAUUCUUGACGGCUAUUAUAUGUAUACCUCCCAAAGACCUGGUAGAUGCUUUUUCUAUUGAGAGGCUUAAAUGGAGAGUAAGGCCUUUAUAUUGUGACAUACAUGAUACCUCUUGCAAUUGCUGCUAGGACCAGCCAUGUCAAGAACACACUCUAUGUUAAUGAAUAAUAAUGAUAAUCAUCAUCAUCAUCAUCAUCAUCAUCAUCAUCAUAUUGUAAACUUAGAUUAUAGUCUCAACAUUAGAAAUUUUAAGCUCUCCAGUGAAUGAGAAAGAUUUUCAUGUCAUGAUAAACAUAAGUUUUGUAUACAUGAUUGUAUUACAUGUGUACAUGUAGGUUAAAGUGGUCAGAUGUGAUCAAGCCUGCUAUUAAGAUUGCAAAAGAAGGAUUUAGAGUCACUGAACAUACAGGUGAGGCUGAAAAUCUUUGUCCAAUAACAGACAACCACAAGGUUCAGUAGUGUUGAGCUUUUUUGUACCAUUAUUUUUUUCAUGGAUCUUUUCUUUUAAGUAACACCUGCCAUGAUUAUGAUUUGAAUGCUUAGUAAUAUAGAUUUUAUAGUACGUUCGUGAAAAUCUUCAUACGCUGACAUUAUAACCAAAUUUUCUUGCAUUGAUAGGUUUCCAAUUUCUAUUGUAAUGGAGGGUCUGCUAUUAGAAUAGUUUAACCCAUUCGCCCCUAAACUGCCCGUAACCGCCCGUGCGGAUCCAGGUCCUUUCUACCCUUUGUGACGUCAUCAGUUUUAACGGUCAAGGACAACUUUCUUCGCUAACUUGUGCAGAAUGAAGAGAUCUUUCAAACCAUACCAGAAUGAGCACAAUUCAGUCAAGGACACCGGAGAAACAAGCAAAAAACCACGUGACAUUGACCUGAAAAUCUCCAUGAAAAUCUUGUUUCAUUACCCACCUACCUUUCCUUUCACCUAAUCUGAAGAUCCUAAAAGCUUUCCUAAAAACUCUUCCCACCAAAAUCAAGCCUACUAAAUGCCCAGCAAGAGAAAAAAAAAAUGAGGCAAGAAAAGCAAAAAAAGAAGGGAGGAGAGAAAGCGAAAAGUAAAAGUCAAGACUGCUGUGUCACUUUUAAACCCAAAAACUAUCUCGAAAUUUUGCUUUCUGCGCAUGCCCGAACUUCGCAAGCUGAUAUUUUGCAUCUGGAUCAGAAGGCCGCCAAGUGAACGACCUGUAUACCGGUUUGUGGUGAGUUUUAGCUCUUUAUAGAACGACAGUGACCAGAAAACCACUCGACUAGCUUCAAAAUGCGUUUUUCGGCAAAAUCUCCAGGAGCGAAUGGGUUAAACUGUCUCCUAUCUUAGCUUGCUUGCUCUGACACAUUGAGUAGUUUUUGAAACCUCUCCUUACAUGGACUCUGUUCCUGAAAACUCUCAAAUCCAGAGAGAAAAAAUUGGUAAAGAUAGAAACAGAAGGAACUGUCUGUGAUAAUUAAGGGUGAGAUAGAUGAAGGCUGGUGGAAUUAAUGCUAAAUGAAUGAAACUGUUGACUUUGCAGAGAGAAGUCUAACAACACUAAAAAUAGAAGAUGUAGCUAGCACCCAGCUGGGAAAACUUGUUGCACCACAGGGUGUUUUUUUAAAGGUAAUGUUCUAUUGGUAUACACUAAGAUAAUUAUAUCUUUCUCGGCAUUGCAUGCAUUUCUGAACAUAAGUGGAAUAAUUAGGGCUACGACACAAAGGAAAUUGAGAAUCAACCUAGGUUAAAUAAUUUUAACCUGAAUUUACAUGUACUUUUGAUCCAUAACAUAUAAAAUUAAUUAUAAAUAAUUUGCCUUAUUUAUAUCAAUUUAAAAAGCACGUGAUAAGGUGGUAACUUUAUAAUACAACGAGAUCUAUGUUUUUGGACAUUGAAGGUGUGUGUCUUAAAAAUGGUCAUUGUACGAAAAAUGGGUGUCUGCUAUGGAUACAAAAAUACAAGUUAAUGCUUUUUUUAAGUGCAAGAUAAUGCUUCUAUAACCAUUGCUUAGUCCAGGAGAUGUUUUAUUGGUGUUCUAACAAUUUUUUUUUUAAUAUUCUCUUAGGAUGAGUUCCUAUCAUCUGACCUUUCUAUUGAAACCUGUUGAGCACUACUUUAACUAUGUCCUGUUGGUUUUUCAGAAUUUUUUCAUAAGAUGGGCUUUUUAAGUUUAUAUUAUUGCUAUUUUCAUAUAUGUGGCACCCCUGGGCAUAAAAGGGACAUUAAUAAAAAUUAAUGUUGAUCACAAAAGUACCACUUGAAAGUACACGCAUGCACAUUAAAAUGUACAUCAUGAUUAUUGAGUCAUUUUGUUUUUGUUGUGAUUUAUUAUUAUUCCUUUUCGCAAGACUUCCCACGAGCUCAAAUAAUAUGAAAUUCAACCCCAACUGUUUCUCCUUAAAAUUCUUAGCAAGGGGAUAAAAUGAACAAUACUGCUCUGGCAGAAACACUGCAACAAAUAGCAGAUAAAGGUGCUGAUGCAUUGUACAGUGGACCUAUAGCAGACAGUAUACAAGAUGCAGUAAGUAGUUUCAAAUAAUAUGGUACAGUCACGUUUAAAGUAAAAAAAAGCACCCUGUGCUUACUUAAAAUCCAUGCAGUCAGCCUCUUUUCUUUCAGCAAUUUCCCUUGAAUUAAUUCCUCUUGGUUAAAAAAAAGCUCACAUAAAACAAACAGGUAAAAGAAGGAUUGGUACGAAGAGACAAGGAAGGGAUUCAUAAGAGGAAAAAGCUCUUAAUGAUUUGUCAAUAGCUGUGAAUAGACCAGUCAGCUUGUUGGUCUGUGGGUUGGCCUCCAUAGCCAUCUUCUCUGUUCUUUUUAGUUGAGCUAGAGAAGCAGGGCAAAAAAAUAGGGGUGUAAAGGAGCAGAGCAAAUGAAAAGCAGGGUGAGGGGUGGGGAAGAAAAUGAACCGCAUUUUUCUUUUUCUGUCCUUUCCUGCACUCCUUAUCUUUUUGCUCUUUUACACCCCAUGCUCUCAAGCAUCUCCUACAUGUACACCUCUCCAGCUUGGCUAAAAUAAUAUGGAAAUGACUGCUUUCCAGAUUAUUCGUGGGCUGAUGGAGAUUUUUGUCUGUUUCUUCUUUCCAUAAGAUCGUCAAGAUGUUGCACUUUGCAGAAUGGUUGACCAUCUUGGUUUCAAAUGUUCCGCUUCUAGUUGGGGGAUGAGUGUCAAAUUGACACCAGCCCCCUCGGUGCAUAUGAACCCAAGAUGGCUGCCCAUACCGGUAAGUGCUCGACCCUGACCUUCUUGUGAAAACAAAAUAGGGGUCUGUGAACAGUCUAAUUAAUUCAGAGACUCCAGUCAGUCUUUUGUCUCAUCCCAGUUGCUUUUCAAGUUUUGCCUUGUUAUGAUAGCUUUGAAGGGAUGAUUAACAUCUGAUUUUCCUUACAGAGAGAGAUUUUUUGACACGUCUCUUCUUUUGUGGUGUAAGUGCUGGCUGACAAUAGUCUGAAUAUCAACAUAUUAUAAAUUUUCGUUUUUCGGCCUAUUUUUCUUGGAUUCUUUGACAAAUGAUAUUUGCAUACAUGAAGGCCUCUUUCCAUUCUCAAAAUCAUAUUUAUUAUAAAAAGAGUUUAAACAUUGUAAAGAGAAAAAAAAAAUGUAUAAAGUCUACGGCUUACUUUCAGAGUUCGAACUCAUGAACAGUGAAAAUGUUAGCAUUCGUUAAUUUGCAUUUUCAACUUGCUUAGGUCAAAUCUGCAAAUGGAAUACUCACAAAAGAAGAUCUAAAAGAAUACAAACCAAUUUUAAAGGACGCCAUUAAUGCUUCUUUCUUAGGUAAGUGUUGAAUGCAUUUGGUUAACUGAGUACGUUUAACUGGUGUUUUGAGAAACUACAUGUAUCUAUUCACCCAGAUAAACCAAAGUGUGUGCCCAAGACAAAUAAAUCGUGUCAGGUUUGAACUGGUUCAGUUUGGGGUAAAAAUGGGCAAUGUCUUUUCUAAUUCUUUUGCUGGGAAAAAGAGGAGAUGCAUCUUUUUUUACAGUAUUAUUUGGGUUGCUCAGUGUUUUUGAACAACUGCCAUCUUGUAAGGCCAAAUGUGGUGGCAUGCUUGGAUAUUACUUGUGUGGAAACUAGUCGUUUCAAUACAAGUCGUUUCGAUUCGAACCCAAGAAGUUAAAUUGCACAAAAAAUUUGACCACUUCAGGUUAAGUUUAGGCGUUAACAAGAAAAACAUUUGCCGUGAAUGUUCUUUGUUCUUUACACAACUAUUUGAAACUAUUUACAUCUGGACUGAAUAAAAACUUUUAUCGAAACGAUCGACAACAGCUUGUGAACAGGCUCUCCGUUUGGGGAAAGAAGGAUAUUUAUCGCGGGCAGAUGGGAAGAGGGGAAGUGGGGGAAUGGCCGGGGCCACCCUUUCCCCUUCAAUCCCUAUUACCUAACUAUAGCCCUUCUCCCUUUUCCCCAACUAAGGAGCCUGGUGCCAGGCUAGCUCGGAUAUAACCAGUGCCUAACUCAGGGUUGUCACUAAGAUUUCAAGUUGCCGGGUAUUUGUUGUUAGUAGCCGGGGAAGUCACAAGCAGUCAUGGAGCCCCUCCCCCCCCUCCCAAGAAGGUUUUGAAGUGCAGCUUUUACCGUUUUCGAAAAGGCAUUACCGCCCCAAAAAAGCAAUCUUCAUCAAGAGUACAGCUAUCAUUAGCGGUUUUUUGAUGAUCACGUCUUUAUUAAAGAAAACUACAACAUUCUGAGACACUAAAAUAAUAGUUAAAUUACUUUACGUAAAGGCUCGUUGGAGGGUUUUUUUAGUGGCCGCCAAAUGGGAAUAUACAUGUAAGCACCGGGCCUAAAAAAAAAGGACAGGUUGGCACCGGUCACGUUAUCUGCGCAGUCUUAUCUUCACGCAGACAAGGCGCAUGCUGGCCAGUGAAGUGUUAAAUCACAACGAUACUUUACAAAUGCUAAAAAUGUUGAAAGGACAAACGAUUCUUAUACGGUGCAAAUGAAUUAACGUGCGCUGUAAAAUCAAUUGUAAAUCCUCAUUAUUUUAGUUAAACGUAAGAACGAAACAACUUACGGAAAACAAAAGUGAAACUAAUAUUGCAAAUGAAUUAACCCACGCAGAAGCGGAAAGAAGAAAAGCGGACGAUGAAUGUACGAAAAAGCAUCAUAAACAUAAGGUUACUAUGGCUUGUUGAAAAAAAAAAGUAUGAUAGGGCUAAAACAAGCGUAACGUACGAAAAAUCGCGGGAUAAAAUAUGGGAAAACUAAACUGCACAACUGGUGACAUUAGUGGUCUCGAAUUUAUGAACGAAACAUCACUUAUCAUACGAAGAAACUGACCUACGGAAAAGCGUUUAAACGACAGGGCUAAUACUUUAUAAACGACGCUGAGAUGUCAAAACAAGACUCAAGGAGAAGAAUGUAAAAGUAAUGCAACUUCUUGGAAGUAGAACUAAGAGCAUGUGAUCAUGGCCUGCGGACAAUGAUCGAAUAUUUCCCGUUGACCGUGCGUUAUUUUAUAUACUCGAUACCUAAAGCUAAAUGUAGACAUAGUCACUUAAAUGUCCACAUAUUAAACAUGGCAAUCAGUCAUAGUCUUUAUCUUCAAAGCCUUCAUCAUAAUCCUAAUUAUCAUCAACAUCAGCAUCAGGGAGAUUUAACCCUCGGAUGAUGCCUCAACUUGUGAUGUCAACAGAGAUCUGCUCAGGUCUUUCAUCGUGAACAAAGGGUGCAGAAUCCUUUGCCACUUCUUCGACAUGUUCAACAUAAACCCUACACAACGGUUGAAACUAGGGACUUUUAGCAUCGACAAAGGUGACGGCAGCGAAAACGUCACUUUUAAAAAUGAAUUGGCGUUUUUUCCAACUUUGUCGCGUUUAUUUCAAUUCGCUGAAAAUAGCUAAUGUAGACCAAUUUCCCUGGAGUUGAUUUCUUUGGGCGCACUCAAGUUUAGAAAGAGAAAGAAAAGUUUGUCGUCGCUUGUUUUACGUCCUCCAUUAACGUGAAACUAGGCAUUUUCACGUCAUAGUCGUGCAGUAACGGCAAAGAAGUGUACAAAAAAGCGUGAUGCACGUGCAAACUAGUUGUUUUGCUCAAUAAACCAAUUGCUUUUUUGACGUUCUCGUUGCCGUCGCCGUCGUCGUUGCUAAAACUCCCUACUGACAUUUCGCGGAGAGUUUUAGCGCGUGUGUACUAGUACCAAAUCUAAGGCAGAUGUCUUUUUCCGACGUUUCUUAGUUUUUGCACGCGAGUAUUUCAGAAUUACUUAAACCUGCUGCAGAUGAAACUCGCAUUUAGUUUGAUGAAUAGUCUUUGUGUGUUUCAAAGGUGUGCCCUUUUGGUUUAAUUUAACGACGAAAGCAGCCGGGGACCAUGCUCUGAGUAGCCGGGGGAAAUCCCCGGCCCCCGGCCCUUAGUGACAACCCUGCUAACUUCUCUUACAAAGCUGGUUUAAUUAAAAGACAUGGUGUUUUUUAUUAUCAUGGCAUCGUUUUUGUUGUUUUUAGGUUACCAGGUGAUUACUACUCCUCUUCCAUCCGGUGGACCCGUCUUGGUAUCGAUGCUGAAUAUACUGGAAGGAUUUAACUUUACUCGAGAAGAUCAAGACAAGAGCCUUACCUAUCACUAUAUUGUAGAGGCCAUAAAGUUUGCGUUUGCCGAAAGAUCAUUGCUUGAGGACAGCAAGAACGCUGCUAACAUUACCAAGAGAAUAUUAAGGUAAAGGUUACGACCACAAGAAUGGCUAAGUACUACGCUUUUUCAAGUAAGGUUUGCAUUCUUCCCCGGCGUCAAUCAUCGUAGGAAAAUUACGUUUACUUCAACGAAAUUAAAAGGUCAUGGUUAGAGGUUUGUGAUUGGUAGGAGUAUUGAAUGGUAAAUUCGAGACUGCAGGACCGUAGUUUUAAAAUUCCGAACCCGAGACGGAAGCCCACCAAUAUACUGCCUUGUUUUACUUUCUUAAUUUACUAGCUCAGUUCGAUAAGCUGUAUCCAGGAACUCUCAUGAACUCUCAAUAAUUCGACUCCUGAAGACCAAACGGAAAGAAAAAACGACAAAUCCGAGACUCCGAAAUCCCUCGGCCAAAAAAGACUGAAAAAAAUGCGAGACUCCGAGACACAAAAAUCACCCGAAUACGGGACUUGGAGAUCCAUCAAAAACUUUUCCCAAGUUUCGAGAUUGGGCCAAAAUUGAGGCCCACGAGACCGAGUCACCAACGCCGAACUGUACGGUGACCUUCCAACUUUGUCAGACAGGAUCGGAUUCAGAAGGCUUGCCCCACCCCCCGCGUGUCGUCGUUGAUAGGCACUCUCAUGAGGAACCCUGGGGGGUAUCCACCAGCGACCCCUCAGCCUGCAUGGAAAAUAGAGUGGACUUUCGAUCUGUUUUGUGUUUCUGUGUUUCAAGACUCGUUAGUUGUGACCGUAAUUGUGAUUGACAGCGGCAAAAAAUGCAAAUGCAAGCCGGCUUUUUAAUUUCAAAGUUCGCGUGUUAUUGAAAAGCGCAGUUAAUUAUAGCACUAAACAUGAAAUAGGUCUCAGAGCACAGGGCAUGCACAUUGCACUCGCAAGACAUACCCGAUUCAAGAGAGAGCUUUGAAGGCUGUAAGUAAUUGCGGUUUAACUAGUUUUUGUGAUUUAAAAUUAAUUUUAGGCAAUUGAUUAAAUCUAGGAUCAUAAAUUAGAUUUACUUGAGGUCUACGAGCAAGAGUCUUUCUUGGCUAUUUUGCCCCAGUAGCUGUGUACAAACCAAAAAUAUGUCAGUCGUAUUUUAGGAGAUAACAUGCUUACUCUGUUUCCAAGUAAGCCUUUGUUAAUGAGUAGACUUUCUUAGUCCAGUCAACUGUUUAAAAUGCAUGACUCGAGAGCUGUUCAAAUUUUUACCCAAAUUUAUAGAAGAGAUGACUGUCGGUUUUAUUAUCGCAGAUGACGCUACAUGUAAAUGUCUUCAUAAAUGCGGAAUGGUGUGAAUUGAGCGGAGCCUUAUACCUACAAAGCAAAAAAGAAUGAAAAGUCCACUGACUUGAAGGUUUUGGCGUUUUAUGCACUCGUCUCGAUUUAAACUUGCUGUAAAGUGUAUAAAAUGAAAUCCUAAGUAGCUAGGUAGGUAGGUAGGUGGGUCGGUGGGUGAGAGUAGGACUGUUGUGACUGACGUUUGGACAAACCUAUACGGAAGUCAUCUUCAGGUUCAAAGUGAACUACUGCUCGUCAUUCUCAACAACGGUCCUACUCAGGAUAGCCUGCGUGGCAGGCUUUCCCCGUCCCCUUCACCUUUUUAACGCCUGCCACGUGGGCUAUAUUCAGGACUUCACUUUACCCGGACUAUCAUUACCACCCACUUAUGACAUGGUUCACACCAUUUACAAUAAGUGCCAUCUUACAAGCACUUGUGUUCAUUGCCCGUGUUUUGGUCUUUUAACUGUAAGUUUUAACUCUUCUUUUUCAGCAAAGAGUACGCAAAGUUGCUCCGAUCAAAAAUUUCUGCUAAUAGAACAUAUGGAGAAUCUCAUUAUGGACUUGAUGUUGAUCAAUCCUUACCACAUGGUACAGCGCAUGUGUCAGUUAUAGGCCCUGAUGGGGACAUCGUAAGUCUCACCAGGUGAGGAUGAAGUAGAGUUUAAGCGUCGGAGUUUCAAUCGUGAGCUCCGGGUGCAAACCCCGGUGGUGGUGGUAGGGGGAGGGGGGGGGGGGGGAUCCCGUAUAGAAGUGACGGGAUGCUCAUCGUCUCUCUUAGGGGUGUAAAUUGUAGAUUUUGGUCUCAUUUAAAAGUGGUCAGUUUCAGCUUGAGCCAAACCCAUAUUGGUCUCCCUUUUAAAUUUCCGACGAGAAUCCCGUCACUUUUAUAUAGGAGUCCCCAUAGUUUACAAAGCUUAACAUGGAGUCGUUUUCUUAGUCAGUAAACUUGUCUUGACAAUGUCUUUCCUGUCAUGUAUGUAUGUACCCCAAACCAAGUAAAGUCUACCCCGCCCCCCUCACUGAUUAUUUGAAAAUUGAAUCCGUUUAACUUAGUAGGUUCCGAUUUGAGAUUCAUUUCUACAUACCCGCUACUACGUACAUGUAAUAGGCUUAAAUUUUCAUAUAGUCAAUUCAUCAAUCGAAUCUUUUGAUUGGGGUGCGCUUUACCUGGUUUGAUUGCUAAUGUGUACCCGUCGGAAUGUUUGAUAACAAUUUGAAUAUCAUGAAUGCGCGCAUUUACAUGUGCGAUGUCUAAUAGUCUUUCAACAAUUUUUCUGUUACUUUAAUUCUGCUCUUAAAGAUAAACUCGACAGAUGUGAAACUUUUCAAGCGUUGUUGAUAACAAGAACUUGUUACGAAGAAAAAGCCUAUUUUGUUAAAUUAAACCAAAACCAGGUGUCUACAGGAAAGGGAAAAACUCCGGGAAAAACGUGCUGAUAAAUAUUUCUGUCGCGUAUUUUUGUCUAGUACAAUCAAUGGCUACUUUGGUUCUGGGAUUAUGACGGACUCUGGAAUCAUCCUAAACAAUGAAAUGGCAGAUUUUUCCAUACCUGGUGUACAGAAUGUACAAGGCGCUGGACCACCCACGGUAAGAAACCCGCCACUGGCUCGAGUUAGUUCUUGAAAACUUGUCAGCGUCCUGUAUGUUAUGCAGUCUUCCCCGUUUGAGGAGGAUUGCGUGACGAACCAAGUGCUUCUUAUGCGGGAACGUCAGCGAAACUGGGGACGUUUACAAAAAUAGCCCUUAACGAUCAUUCUCCAGUGACUGGAAGCAUACGUUUUUAUGCGAACUCCUGUGGAAAAUGACGUACAUCGUCAUCAUUGUCAAGUCAAGCUUUGAAAUGCAUCGUUUUCUUUGUUUUUGUUUGUUUGCUUGUUUUUUUUUUUCACCACGGCUUCUUUCUAGCUGUUGGCAGGAAGCGUGUCAUGUUAAACCUGAUUAUGGUUAUGACUAUUAACAUGUAGUGAGCAAGCGUCUAGAAGUUAUAAUUUUAAUGUUUUUAUAUUGCUCAGUGUACGUUUUUGAGUGGUUGUUUGUCGUCUGUUUAGGCUAAUUUUGUGGUUCCUGGCAGACGGCCUCUGUCUUCUGUGGUACCAACUGCAGUUCUUCAUGAAGAGGUACAGUAGCGGUGAUUACUUUAUUGUAUAACCAUGGUUGGACUGAAAUUGGGUAUGGUUUUCAAGGGAUCCAUGAGGGCGUACAAGACUAUUGCCUUACACGACGUUCAGUAUCAAACAGUACUACAUAAUAAAAAGUGGGUAAACAGUAUGUUGACUUCUCUUGGACAUGGUAAUGGGUAAAUUGAGAAGAACUUUCAGAAGACAUAUCUGAAAACGGUUAAGUUUUUGGAUUGAAAUUUUAUAGGUCAGGUUUGAAAACGCGUUUGUAAAAUGGCACGUAGGUCUGAAGAAGAGUCAGGAUUUAGGUUGGCAGAACUGGGCGGCACAUCCCACCAAGAAUUCUGAAGGGUACCCCUCUGAGCUUCAAACGCCUGCUGUGUACGUUUAUGUUGUUGAGGGAUUCGCGGGAAACGCUUUUCCUGAAAGUGAGCACAGCGCCGCCCACAUAGCAAGAGAUGCUCAGAAUUUCUAAUUCCCAUUCUGCUCUGUGUUUUAUUUCUUCAGAAGCGAUGUUGGCACCGAAUGUCCGUAGGCUGCUCCGGAGGUUUGCAGAUUCCGUCGGCUGUAGCGCAAGUUUUAAUCAAUAAGCUUGCGUUUGAAGACUCAUUGAGUGAAUCCAUUGAAAGAGCUAGAGUGUAUUACGGAGUAGACACUGGUCUGACAGAAAUUGAAGGUAUGCUGCUGGUACUUUCAUUGUCACGCUUCUACUCUACGCACGUUUCGUAGAGAACUAGUUUGAUUUUUUCUAAUUUAAUUUUCCGUAAGAUAAAUAAAUGACUUCUUAGUUAGUCUUUUCCUUUAUUUUUCUUGAUUCUUUUUUACUAAAAGUCUUAUCCUUGGCUUCUCAGUGGUAUGUCCCCCCCACUCCCUGCUCAUACAAACGUGUUAGCCUGUGAAUACGACCUCCACUGAGGUCGUUUCGAAAAACGUGUCAACGGCCGGGAGCAACGAGAGAGGUUGUAUUGCAAUUUGCAAGCUAUUUUGGUAUAUUUGAGGCUUUGUUAAUCGCCAGAUAUGAUUUAGUCACAGCUUAGUGACUAUACAACGUGGGCGGAUAAUAUAUAUAAAAAACAAUUUUUAUUCUCGGGUAACAAGUACAGGGAUGUAUACGAAACAUCUGCCCUUCAAAUUGAAACAUUGAUCAUCAUGUAAUUUAUUGGCGUUCGGUAGAAUUGCUAGAAGCACCAUAGGCCAGCAUCAGUCGCAUUCCCUGGCACCCAAACUUAUGAGAAGUGGAGCACAAUACUGGCCUGACGGUUCCCUCUUCUUCUCUACUAGCACUAGUGUUCUUCUUAUUACGUCCUAUUCGAACUGAAUUAGAGACUGAAAAUCUUGCUCAAUGUAUUGUGAAAUCAAAUGAUAGGGGAAAAACAUUACCAAGAUAAAAUCACCUGUGCUUUUCACUUUUUCUCUCCGCUACUGCUGUAUAAAGACCACUGAGGAAAGGCUAGUGCGUGUAUUGACUUUCGGGUUUCACGGAGCUAACACUGUAUUACUAUUUUGCAGGUAAUAGGUUUAAAGACUCAAAACUUAAAGCCAGUAUUGUGCAGAGUUUGCGUGAAAAGGGACAUAAUGUCACGGAUAAUAAAGCUUCGGUAACAGAUGUGAAUGGUGUAUCUUAUUUUCAAGAAAAGAUCUCAGCUCAUGCGGACAGUAGAAGAGGCGGAGCACAAGGCAGUGCUCAGUUUUGACUGCUUCAUUGAGUUGUGAUAAUGAACUUUAAAACUUGGGGAGACCUUACGCAUACACUGUGAAAGAUAGUCAGACUCGUAUCCAGUCGCUAUUUACGUGGCUAUUUUUUCUUUGUCCCUUCCCGUAAGUCCCCGCGCACCUCAACCUAACCCCAUUCUUCUCUCAUGCCCAAAACACGUAAGUAGCGACUGGGUACGAGUCUGAAAGAUAGUGGCAAACUUCAGGGCGGAAAAACGUUCUGCGCAAGCUUCUGCGCAUCCCUUAUCGCAGGCUUAAGGCGGGCUUUUUCUUCUAUGUGUUAGUUGUGUUGACUGUGUUUGUUUGUUUGUCACUGAGAGAGUUCUGAAUGAAAUGCACAAGGUGUGAACGUUUGCUUCUCGACUUUUACUUUUGUGUGGUUUUUGUUUUUCGUCACUUGAAAAUUACUUUGGACUCGGAACAACCAAUGUUAAAGGAAAAAUGGAUCAUCCCGUUAGUCUGAGGUGGAAUAAAGAGUUUUGAACAUUUCCAAAGAGGCGAGUAUUUUUCUGAUUGUUCAUUCGAUUUAUUUGUGAGUAAAUUUCGCCUUUUUUCGCCGGGCUGAAUUAAAACCCGCUUUUUUUUUAUUAGUGAAUACUUUUUCACCAGCUUUAUCCUUCUCUUCAGUCAAAGAACCAUUUUGUGCGCCGUAAAACUUUCUUGGAAAUAGAAGGCCAGUAAACUUACUCGAGAAGAAAAGACUACUUCGAUCAUUUUUCUGUUGCUCAAGUAAUAUUAGUCAGAGUUUUCUUCACUUUUAAUUACAUAGUUUUGUUUUUCAGUGCACCGUGAAAAUUUCUGUUCUUUAUAAGAAAUAACUUUCUGUAAGCAAAUUUUCCUUUUCACUCGUUGUGAAGUAAAGAACGACAACUGCCGGCAGUGUUAAACUUCAAAACAAUUGACUCUUUUCCCGUAGACAAUUGCUGGAGCUGGAUUUGUCUGAGGCGAGCAAAACAAAUACCCUUAUGGGCAAUUUUAUGUAUUUUCUAAUGAUCAGCUGAGUUUAAUUUGCUUAAACGAAGACCCUCGCAUGGACCAGGUAAGCUUAAAAUAGCUAAAUGCUGAAUCAUGACUUGGCUGCCAAGUUGCAAAUGAUCUUUUGCUUUUAAGAUCUUUCGGCAGGUUGUUUUCGUGCAGAAAAUUCAUUUCUUCAUUGUCGGCAAGACGUUUUUGAAAUAAUGUGACUUCAACUUUGUUUAAAGGAAAUCCUACUUAUACGCGUAGGAUUUUGACAGAUGUUAUGCAUGUUCAACUUGACAACACAAAGCAAAAUUUAUAUAUCUGGGCGAAACGAGCAAGUUUAAAAAACGAUAGUUGCUUCGAAACCGAUUUUUGGGAAGAUUUUACUAGAUAAAGAUCGACCUUUUUUCUGUCCACAUAUCAACGCAAUAACUUCUACAUUGAGGAUUUUGUUUAUACUCUAGUGAUCUGCGAAACUACGAGUGUCCGAUCGAGCGAGGGUUUUAAAAUAUCAGCUCGAGUGCGACAAAGUUCAGUGACUUCAAACACAUUGUGGGCAAGCGUUAAUUUUUUUGGGCAAAUCACUGUCCAAAGAUAUGUUGUUUUUGUGUCCACAGUGGAGCUCCGGACCUUAUAUAUCCAGGAACUUCCUUAUAUGAACACAUUUUGUGAAUGCAUCUUAAAAAACAUCGGACCCACGCAUGCACAUUUCCAGUACAACGCAAGGAAAUUAAUGUCGUUAAAGUCGGUUUUACUAUGAUUUAUUCUUCGAGAAAAUUGAGUAACGACAAGGUUAUAACCACAGCUUGCAACUUUUGAAGACAAAUUUUCUGUUCUUUCCAGGUUAUGAGUGGAAACAUUUUAUUUUUAGGCAAUAAAAUAUUUGAAAUCCCGCCAUUUUUUCAAACCCGGCCAGGGGAUCUGGGCAAAAACGUUCACGCAUGCUCAUUACGUUUUUCCGCCCUGAAGUGGCAAACCACCGCACGGGUAGUGGAAAGACUGUGCAGCCGUUUACGAUUAUUUGAAAUAAUAAUGCAAUUCAAAUAUGUAAUGUGUGGAAUAAAGAUCUUCAACAGUUACUCCUUAAGUUGUGUACAUAACUGCGAUAAUUAUGUUGCUUCCUUUUGAAGAUCUUUAAUUUAAAUUAUUUGCAGUUCUUGUGUAUCCUGCACAGAUAUAUUACGAAUAUGAAACAUGACUAGGAGGGCUUACCAUUUUUAUGGAAAACCCGGAAAUUCUGGGGAGAAUUCAAAUGGGACGUUUCAUCCUCGUGGAAAUUUAUUUUUAGGUAUUAUCUUUUUACCGAAACGACCGAAAUGUUCUGUACCAUUUGUGUGGAUUUCUAGUGCCAGGCUUAUGUCGAGAGAAAGCGAAAAAUUUGCCCUUAUUUUGUAAAUGGUACAACUCAAUUCCGUUCCUAUUUUCGGUGCCAAAAACAAUACAGGUACCAUUUGACGGAAACUUUUCACCGAAAUUUCCGUACAAAUGGUAAGCGCUCUAGCACUACACGUAGUCUGAGCGAGUUCGUCUCGGGUACGUCACUAGGGAGCUUAAGCAACUACGACGGCGAUGGCAGCGAAGACGGCAAAAAAGCGAUAGGGUUAGAGUGGCAAAACAACAACCCUGCACGUGCAUCACGCUUUUUUGUACAUUUCUUUGCCAUCAAUGCACGUCUACUACGUAAACUUCCUAAUUUCAUGUUUUGUGGAGGACGGGAACACAAGGCAACGAUUUUCUUUUUCUUUUGUGAAGCUAGAUAGAGUCCUUUACCAUCCUACGACAAAUUAGAAGGGUUGGAAUAAGCGCUGAAGUUUAAUACAGCGCGAGUUCUUUUUUUGGGUGACGUUUUCGCUGCCGUUGCCGUCGUCGUUGCUUAAGGUUCCCGUACAGGGACUAGCUAGGCAAUAAUUCAAUU